GAACACCGGUGGGACCCUCUUGCUGAAUCAUUCAUCUACUUCUCCUCUUUACUCAUCAAACAGUAAUCUUCAAUUAAUCUAAUUCAUCAUGUCCCUAUCGCCAAUCGACAUCAUCUCCUCAUCCUCCUACCCAAUUCCAGAGCGGUUCGAGCGAGGACGGAUCGAUUCGAAUAUUCUGUAUGGCGGUCUUACUUUGGUCCAGAAUGAGGAUACAACAAGACCGUCGACUCCGAAAGCCAAGUCAAAAAGAGAUACGAAUAAACAGGGUACUAGCAAAUCCAACGAUACUAAAGUCUCGAAACGGAAACGAGGUCGGCCUCGAGUCUUGGAUAAAGAUGAAAAUGCCGCCGAGAGACGGAGAACACAAAUCCGACUUGCUCAACGCGCAUACCGUUCGCGCAAAGAAGCUACUAUUUCAUCCCUCAGCCAACGCCUUUCAGUCCUUGACGCCGCUAUUCGGGAGAUGAAUGUCUCGGUAGGGAACUUUCGUAAUGUUCUCGUUGGUUCGGGCUUAUUGCUGCAACAAACACCCGUGACGUACGGAUUCCAGAAACUUUUGCAGAAGUCGGAUGCGCUUAUGAAGCUUGCGAAGGAAAGCAGUGAUUAUGCGACUGCCAAUGGUUCGCCUGUAGACGAAUCUGCGAGUAACCAUUCAUCUUUGGGGGAAGGGGGCGAUGCAUUGCUUAUGAAGCAAUCGCCCCAGAUCAGCGAGGAUCUGGAGGAGUUCAAUUUCCUAUUAUAUGGAGCCAACGAUAAUGCAUCGUCGAUGGACGUCGGGUCGCUUUUUCAGGGUUAUGAUCUGGACACUGUCAACCAGCAACAACCACCUACUACACAGACGGAUGAUCCGGGAAUGCAAAUGAUAUCCUCCUACUCGACGACAGAAUCAUAUCCCAAUUCGACCUCAUGGCUUCAGCACAACAUUAUGCCUACACCAUUAACAUAUAGCCACAACGAAUCGUCACUGGCGCGACGUCUAGCCAGACAGUGCGCCGAAUACGGCUACCGAUUACUCACAGAUCCAAAUACAGACCCAAAAGAUAUAUUAUAUACAUACCGAUUUUCGUUGUCCUUCAGGAGUAAACAGGCUCUUACAGAGCGGUUUUGGAACGCCAUAACCAGUGCCACACUCACACCGAACGCCGUCUCCAGUUCCAGUUCCAGUUCCAACUCCAGCGCAAAUACAAGUUAUUCAACUACUCCGCGAUACACCCUCGGAAAUGCAGGUAUGCAUUACUCCCGCCUUCUACCUGGGAAUCAGACACCGCCCACAGCAACGACAAAUCUAUACCCAUUCUCGAAAUUCAUCGGUCCAUGGCCCUUCCAUCAAGGGGCUUUAUCUCAUGAUUGCACUACCCUCGAAGAAAUCGUCGCCGCGCGAGGAAUGGGCGGGGAAUGGUUCGAUAGUAAUGAUGUCGAGGGCUAUAUUCGCGAAAAGGGUAUUCAUGUUAAUACACAUGCUAGUUUUGUGACGUUACCGGAAUCAUCGGUGAAUCUGUUGGAGCAUCUCAAUGAGAAUGAGAAUGAGCGGCGGGGAGAUUUGAUAGAUCCGUCUUUGAAGUCUGUGACUUUGUCGUCGCAGGAUGUUUCCAAGGAUACGAAGACGAAGAAAAAGCGACAGUCGACGGUUAUAUUCGAUGUUGAUAUGUUCCUCAAAGAACUUAUAUCCAGAGGAGUCUGCCUCGCUGAUAAAGCGGGAUAUCGCAAAGAGGAUGUCGAGGAGUGUUUCAGGAUUUCUUGUUAUUCCGUUGCUUGA